UCGGAGCAGCGCUUCGCAGCGAGCGGCGCUUGGCGAGUGGGGCUCCGGAGCAGCGGUUUCCUCGGGAGGAGGUGACUCCGGAUCGGGAAGAGGCUGUGCCUCCGAGGGACCCCCGACCCCCCAUGGGCGACCCCCGGACUCCCCUCGCCCCCUUCUCCCUCGCCUUCUUCGCCUGCCUUGGGCCAGUCUUGUUGGCCCAGAGGGUGAAGGUUCUCGAUGAGGUUACUGGCUACCUGGGCAAGGAGGUGGUCCUUCCAUGCACCUUCGAGAUGUCGACCCCCAACAUCAAGGUCAGCCAGGUCAGUUGGGGGAAGGAGGCCGGCGGGAAGAAGCAGAACGUGGCCGUCUACCACCCGGAGCUCGGCCCCAGCUACCCAAUGAACGGGGAGGGGACCCACAUCCGGUUCCGCACGCCAUCCCUGGGAGACGCCACGCUAGUCAUCAACCCACUGCGCAUGACGGAUGAGAGCACCUACAUCUGUGAAUUUGCCACCUACCCCUUGGGCAACGAGGAUGGUGCCACCCACCUCGUCAUUUUAGCCAACCCCACCAACACCGCCGAGGCCCAAGAGGUGAAAGUUGGCAACCAGGAGCAGCCCGUGGCCACCUGCACCUCUGCCAACGGGAAGCCUCCUGCCCGCAUCACAUGGCAAUCGGGGCUGGGGGGCAAUGCCAGCACCUCCCAGGUGACGAACGCGGACGGCACAGUCACGGUCAGCAGCCAGUACAAGAUGGUGCCCACCAAGGAGGCCAACGGGCAACGCAUCACCUGCAUCAUCGAGCACAAGACCCUGGCGCAGCCGGAGUACAUUCCCGUCACGCUCUCCAUCUUGUAUCCUCCAGAGGUGACCAUCGAGGGUUAUGACGACAACUGGUAUUUGAGCCGCAAUGAAGCCAUGCUCAUCUGCAGUGCCAAAGGGAACCCUCUGCCCACACAGUUCACCUGGAGCACGUCAAGUGGGCCUCUUCCUAAGACCGUGGAGGUCCAGGGCGACCGGCUGGUGGUACGCAACGUGGACGCAUCCGUGAACACGACGUUCAUCUGCCAGGCCACUAAUCGGGUGGGACAAGUGGCAACGGAACAGGUCGUCUUUGUGCGAGAUAAGCCCAACAUGGAAGGAGCAGGCACCACCGGGGGCAUCAUCGGAGGCCUCAUUGCGGGCAUCGUGGCCUUAGCCGUGGUGGCCACUGGCAUUUUGAUCUGCCGCCAGCAGCAGAAGAACCGCAUGGAUCAUGAAGAGGACGACCUAGAAGGGCCCCCAGCCUACAAGCCGCCCCCACCUUGCCAGCUGUCUGAAGAAACGGAGCCGGUUCCUAACCCCACUGAGGUUGAAAAUAUCCCGCUCAAAAGUUCCUAUUUUGAACCCAACGCCACAGACGAUCUCUUUGGAGGGGUGGUUACUACCAUAACGGAGGAGGCUCCUCGGUACCACGAGUUGCCCACCCUGGAAGAGCGAGAAGCUGCCCGCGAAGCCGGACCCAACCUGGAGGACGACUACUUGGACCAGAUCAACCCCAUUUACGACGGACUCACCUUCCCCGCCAUGGAGGAGGAGGCCGCCCUCACCCCCAUGGCCACCGACAAGGCCUUUGUGAUGUCCAGGGCCAUGUAUGUCUGAGCCCAGGGACCAAUUCUUGGGCCAUGACUCCAGCAGGAAGGAUGCCACUGCUCUUGUGGGGGGCACCUUUGCCUACCAUUGCUUUACCACGCUACAUGCCCCCCGUUAGAUGCCCAGGUCCAUUUCUCGGUGGGUUUUGCACAUGCCUUAAGAUGCCCAGGACAGCCUUUUACCUCCUUCCUUUUCCGUUUUUUUCCACCCCACUAACUUUUCCGAAAGGAUGCCAAACAAGUUUAGUGCCUUUUCAGGCUUUUCUUUCUGGAUAUCCUGCAAUUUCCCCCCGUCUUACCCCAUCUGUUUCCCCCCCAGAUGCAGCCUUUAUCUUAACCACACUCCGUAAUGAUUGCAACCUGGGUCAGUGACCCAGCAUCCCCUUUAUAUUGUGAGACUGUGACUGUCGCCAUCACUAACCACUGGUCAUGCUGGCUGGGGCUGAUGGGAGUUGUAGUACAAGUGAUACAGAAGGCGCUGGAUCGCCUAAUCCUAGCCAGAACCAGACCUUUGCUUACUUAAAUUAUUUUUGGCAUAGGGGCCAAAACAUUCCACAAGCACAUUGCACACACACCACACGCACAUCUUUGUCUGUGAAAACACAAUAACCACAAAGUAAUUCACUAACAAUUCACUGCUUCUUUGGUCAUUUGCUGCCUGAAGCAGCCGCCUCACUCUGCCUUGUGGCCUUUACCCCAGGAUGCAACUUUGCACAAACCGUUGCACCAAACCAUUUGCAAUGUCUUACAAUUCUGGACUUUGUUGGACUGCGCCUCCCAGCAUUCCUUACCAUUGGCUAUGCCAAACAGGUGGCUGCUGGGACCUGCAGUUCAACAACAUCUGGAAGGCAGCAUGAUUCCCAUCCUUGGACUCAGUUCCUCCAAGGAGUUGUAUGAAAUGUUUGUGGCUACAGAUAUUAGGCAUUUUCUUGCAAUGGCAUUUCUCUCCAAGGAUUGCAACAUACCCUCCAGCUUUUUGGAUGGCAUCUCCCAUCUUCCCCAUACUCCAUGUAAAGUUGCCAGAUCUCAGGGUGAUACCUGGAGCACACACACACACACACACACACACACACACAGUUUAGGUGGGUCAGUUAACAGCACAGAGUCAAAUAUACCAUUUUUUGUGAGUUUAGCUCCAGGUGCAAGACCAGGUUUGCAUGCACAUGCUUCUGGCUUGCUGCACAUUUUGCUGCACUUUGCAAACACUGGUUUAUGUUAGACUCUGUCUCCCAGAAGCCCCAGCUAGUAUGGCCAGUGAUGGUUGGGGACGCUGGGAGUUCUUAUCCAAUGAUGUCUGGGGAACCAAGAGAUGGUGAACGAUUUCAUUUCUGCUGAGAACUUUAUAUGUUGCAAGAAGAACUUGGGGAUAGGGAAAAUGUUAAUAAUAAUAAUAAUAAUAAUAAUAAUAAUAAUAAUAAUAAUGACCAUGACUUGACUCCCCUCUCCGUCUUCACUUCUGGCCCAGGCUCCGGUUUAUGACUUGAAUGUUGACUCUGUAACCCAAGAGUCCAGGUGACUCCUCUCUUCGUGCUCCUGGUCUGAUAAUGUGAAAGGUGUUUUGCUUUUAAAGAUUGUUUUUAGCCCAGGUGUGUAGCUACAGGGCAACAAAACAGAGGCAUUGCACCUCCGAAUGAAAACCCUUCUCUUCUCCCUAUGAAAUUGUCCUUCGUUCCCCAAAUUUCCAUCUUUGCAGAGAGAGCGAGGUGCUGAAAACAGCCCCAAAACCCCAGAGCUCUUCCAUUUUCCUCUGUUUGGGUAUUUCCUGAACCUUUUUUUCUCAUGGUGCCUCAACUCUGUCACCAAAUACUCAGCUGGACUCCUCAAGUGACUGCAAUGCGGGAAAUUUGGGGAACGAAGGGAAAACUGGGAGGCUAGAAAUGGUUAUUUCCUAAUGGGGCACGUCCCUCCUCUCCAUCCAUCCAACCUGUAGCAUCAGCCUUGUUUUUAGGUCCUUCUUUUUUCCUUUUUAAAAACUUGAUAGAGAACUAAUCCACACAGUGAUAAUAAUGACCCUUCCGAGGUCAUGGUACACACUCCGCUGCUGCUGCCGCUGCCGCUGUUGGACCCGGGUGCAAAUUGGCACUGUGAGGUUUGUAUUCAGAUGAAGGGAAUGGUGAUGAUGGGACUGUUGUACUAGAUGCCUCUCCAAUUCCUGAAUUUCAGGGUCUGGGGGAGGAAUGAUGGAUGCACACAUGCCUUUGCCUCCUCCCAUUCCCCAAAAUGUCCUUGUUGUGCCUUUGCCAGACACUACUGAGUGGUUCAAUUUCAAUGGGGACUCGAGGAGGGAAGGUACGGCGGCAGGUUUUUUAAACCUUUUUACUGAUGUUAUUUCUUUUUACAAAAAUAAAUAAAUUGUGUUUUUAUUA